AUGGCCUUGGUGCAAGCGGACAACGACAAGUACGAUGUGCUUGAGAUCAUCGGCCGCGGCGCCUUUGGCAUCAUCAGGAAGGUGCGAAGAAAGAACGAUGGACAUAUCCUUUGUCGUAAGGAGAUCAAUUACCUCAAGAUGUCCACAAAGGAGCGCGAUCAACUUCACGCCGAGUUCUCCAUCCUUGCCUCCCUGAAGCAUCCCAAUAUUGUCGGUUAUUUCCAUCGCGAACACCUCAAGCAGACCCAAGAGCUGUACCUUUAUAUGGAGUACUGCGGCGGAGGCGAUCUAGGCACAGUCAUCAAAGAUCUGAAAAAGAAGCGUGAAUACCCAAAAGAAGAGUUCGUGUGGAGAAUUCUCAGUCAGCUCGUCACAGCCUUAUAUAGAUGCCACUAUGGCGUCGAUCCUGCAGAGGCUGGUAGUGACUUUGCUCGUCAGAAGGACACCCGUCCAAAGGGCAAGGACAUGAUCCUACACCGAGACCUCAAGCCAGAGAACAUCUUCCUAGGAGCCGAUCAAUCGGUGAAGCUGGGCGAUUUCGGCCUAUCCAAGCUCAUGCAGUCCCACGAUUUCGCCUCCACCUAUGUUGGCACACCCUUCUACAUGUCGCCCGAGAUCUGCGCAUCGGAAAAGUACACCCUGCAUUCCGAUAUCUGGUCGGUCGGCUGCAUCAUAUAUGAGCUAUGCACCCACAAUCCUCCCUUCAAUGCCAACUCUCACCUCCAACUCAUACAGCGGAUACGAAAGGGCGAGUACGCGCCUAUCCCCAGCACGUAUUCCAAGGACCUGUCCAACGUCAUCAACCAAUGUCUGAAGACUAAUCCGCAUCAACGACCCGAUACCGCCUCUUUACUUACCGUACCUUAUAUCUGGCUGGCUAGACGGCAACAAGAGAUGGUUGGGUUGGGAAAGAUCCUGAAGACCAAGGAGGAGCUUGCGGAGCAGAGAUUGCAUCAAGCAGAAGAGAGACUCUCAGCCAUGGAGGCUGACCAGGCGGCCAUGCGUGCCGAGAUCGAGGCCCAAGUCAGACGGGAGUGGGAGGUCAAGGCUCGCUUAGAGAUCACUCGGCAAGUUAAUUUGGAGGUGGACCGUUUGCGAAGCCAAUUCGACGACGAGGUCCAAAACAAGGUCGAUGCAGUGCUGGCUGAGUCGGGUAGCAGGCCGUCGGAACCCGUACCAGCGAAGGAAACGAAUGGCCGGACAGUAAGCCAGAAGAGUUAUUCGUCGUCCAUCAACACCAUGGGCGAGGAAGACUUCCCGUCUACCACGGACAUCAGUGAGCUUUCGGAGUUGUCGUUGCAUUCGCCCACAUCCUCAACCAUGAGGCCGCUGCCGCCGAAGAAAACAAAAACUCCUUUCUCCCGGGCAAAGACGACACUCGAUUCACCUAUGGACGUGCAAAUGUCCGAAGCAUCUCCAAUGUCGAUCUCCGGCCUGGCUCUUUCACCACGGCGUACUGCUGCCGCACAAGUUACUGCCAACAGCACGACGACCAGCUUUGGCGUCAAAAACAUUUUUGCUGAAGCUGCGAGGCAGAAGGCUAGAUGGGAACCCACUUUGGCGUACAAUUUCGAAGACGAGGAGAAUAUCGAUCCUGGAAGCGACUUCUCAGACGAGGAAGACGAUGGGAUCCCGGAACUGCCCAGCCCAACACGGGUGAAGCCAACUGUCGCCAGCACUGAUCCUUUCAAGCAACCAAUGCCUCUACCUCUGAAGAGUCGUCCCGGCUUCGGACGCCAGAACACCACUGCUACCAUGCAGCGGCUGACAUCCAAACCGAAUCUCUUUCCGACCAAUACUCUGGCCAGCGCCAAGGCUGAGGCAGUGAAAGCCAGCAUCGCUGCCGCUAAUGCUCAGGCAAACAAUAGCAACAUUACCCGGUCCACCACCGAUGGAGACCUUCGAGCCCCCAAAAGCCCGGGUAGGAGACUGAGCAAGAUUCCUACUCAGCCACUGGACGCCAACUUUACUGGCAGCACAUCACCAAUCCGCCGCACCAACACAACUGGUAAGCUUCAGAGCAAGCUCGGCACCGCGAAAGAAUGUGCCAAUGGCAACGUCGUUGGAGGCCGGACUCUGGUUGAACUAGCACAAGCUCGUGCAGGCGGUCGCCCAAUGAGCAGUGAUCUCGGCAGCGGUCUGAGGUCCAAGUUCAUGCGGGAGGAGAAGGAUCUUCCGCCCGUACCGAUUUGGGAUCCAGAUACCGAGGGCGACAACAUGCCGAGUCCCUUCCUGAAGCGGGAUGUCAGAACCGUUCCCUGCAGAGGCUUGCGGUGA